ACAGUUACCACAGCCCAGGCUGAGAGACUAGAGACUCAACUCUGUUAAAUUCUUCCCCUGAACAGAAGCUGCUGGUUAGACUCCUAGUCCUCAACCUACUGUAAGAAACUCACACCAGCAGCAGAACUCCUUCUCCUCUGCUUUACUCUCGUCCUUCACUGCUGCACAGGCUGUUGAAAGAUCAACACUCUGUCUUUAGUAAUGAAGAUGGAGUCCCCCCUGAGAGAACUUCCCUCCAUGUUAUCCAAUCAAUCCAUGGAGAGCUGUCCACCUGUGGAUAAUACAGUGGAGAAUAUGGUUUUUGGAAUAUGCUACAUCAUUGUUUUCCUCCUGGCACUCAAUGGAAAUGGUCUCGCUUUGUGGAUCUUCACCCACCAGAGAGGCAUCUCUUCUCCUGCCAAUGUCUUCCUGCUCCAUCUCGCUGUGGCUGACCUGUCUUAUGUCUUCAUCUUACCCCUCAGGGCCACUUAUCAUUUAACCGGUGGACAUUGGCCAUUUGGUGAAGUCCCUUGCCGUCUUGCUGGCUUCCUCUUCUAUGUGAACAUGUAUGCUAGUUUGUACUUCCUGGCCUGUGUCGCAGGUGACAGAUACCUUGCUGUCGUGCAUGCUGUACGUUCCCUCAAGGUCAGACACACUCGCUUUGCUCACAUAGCCAGCUUUGCACUAUGGGCUUUGGUGUCAGUGUCUAUGGCGCCCCUAUUGGUCACCCAGCAGACUGCAGAAGUGAAUGGGUCUACUGUAUGCUUGCAGCUGUACAGAGAAAAGGCCUCAAGCGGUGCUCUUGUCUCCCUCGUCAUAGCGUUCACACCACCUUUCCUUGCCACCCUUUAUUGCUAUCUGCUCAUAGUGCACAGUCUGCGGAAGGGCUCAAGGCUGGAGCCUGCUCUGAAACUCAGAGCUCUUCGCACAAUCGGCUUGGUCAUGCUCAUCUACAUAGUGUGCUUUUUGCCCUAUCACAUAAGUCGUGCAACCUUCAUCCUGGGUUAUGGACAUCCAGGUCUGUCCUGCCAAAUAAAAAGAGGCCUUGCACUAGCCAACCGCCUUACUUCAUCUCUAACCUGCCUGAAUGGAGCUCUGGAUCCCCUGGUCUACUUGUUUGCUGCUGAGAAGUUCAGGGGGAGUGUUCGCAGGCUUUUCUGCAGAGAGAAGUCAGGGGGAUCCGGUGUAACCAGCGGGGAUCUGAAAGGUACUCAUGAGAGGUCUCUGAGUGCAAAGUCUGAGUUCUGAGAGAAUAGUUAAAAUAGUACAUUGGUGGUUUGUUUUUGAAGCGCUAUGAUUACUUGCCAUCAGUUUAAGUAAUUUGGCCCACACUUCCUGAUUGUAAACACUUCGAAUGUGUGGUUAGUUAAACCUGAAUUUUGUAAUUUUGGCACCACUAGCAUCUCCAAACAGAAUUGCUAAAAUAAUCACUGUUUGAAAACAGAUUUGUAAAAACUCCCCACAUUUUCCAUUGGUUGAAUAAACGGAUAGUCCCCACCCCAAACUCACACCAUUGGUUGAGCCAGUGUUGCCAACAAGAUCCCACAGGAAAUCUGCAUAUUGUUUCAGAAUGUUCAUGUGCCCUGAUAUGAACCCCAUUCUGCUGAAUAACUGAUAAGUGGCACCCCCCCAUCAUAAUUUGUUUCAACAAUUCAAUUGUUUUUACCUUUCUGGCACUACUAAUAGCACAAUUCUCGAGCAACCUCAGAGAAACAGGUUCUGAUCCCAUGGAAACCAGAAAUUAAUCGCAAUCACAUUGUAUUUUUGUUUUGAAAAUACAUUUUUACUACACUGAUGACUAGGUUUAGGGUUGGGGUUUGGGUUAGGGUGUAGAGUUAAUAAAAUCUGGUGCUCACCUGUGCCCAUAUGUUCAACAACACUUCCAGCUUUGGACACUGGGGGAAGUGCUUCUAAUUUCGGCAAGAACAAACCGAUUUCAGCAGCAGAACUUUCAACCUACUAUUGUCGAAUUCACAUUGUGAUCAGACGCAGGUUGCUCAAACAAAAAGUGAAAUGUUUUAAAAGCUCCACAGAGCUAUGGUGUUUACACUGAGAAAAUGAUCCUACAAAUUGCUUUUUUAUAGUUUACUCUGCAUAUUAAGCUGGGAUAUGAAAAAAAAAAAAAAAAGAAACAACUGAAGUGACUGGAAUUUCAGUCAUAGUUCCAUCUCAGUAUAAGUUAUGUAUCAGCCAGUUGCCAUCUUUAGCAAUUGUUGGUGGCUAAUGACCCUAUUAAAACUCAAGAAGACAUUACAUAUAAAACAUAAAAGAGUAUGUGGAGCCUUUAAAAAAUAGGCAUCAUACCUGUUUACUGAUGACAUGCUUUGACUCAUACUGAAGUUUUGUUCUAAGCACUUGAGCAGAUAUAAUAACAUCCUUAGUAAAAUCAGUGUGAAACUGACUAAUGAGCCACUGAAUACUCAGUGUAAAGGGAUUACACACACAAACACACACAAAUUUGUAAAACUGUGGUGAAGAGUGUGAAGGGGUGCAAAAGAGCUGAAAUAAAUAAUACAUUUUACAUUCCUUGACAGCUACACUUGUUACUACACACAUAUAUUCAAUGAAUACAAUAAUUUUUGGGGAAGACUUUACAAUAAGGAUCCAUUUGUUAACAUUAGUUAACCACAUUAGUUAACAUGAACUAACAAGGAACAAUACUUAUUAAGCAUUUAUUAAUCUUAGUUAAUGUUAAUUUCAACAAAUACUAAUACAUUUUUUAAAUCAAAAGUUGUUUUUGAUAUCAAAAUAUAAGUUGGUUUUAAUGCACUAUGAACUAUCAUGAACUAACAAUGAACAAUUGUAUUUUUAUUAACUAACAUUAACAAAGAUGAAUAAACUGUUUAACAAAUAUAUUAAUAAUUUGUUAAUUGUUAGUUCAUGAUAUCUAAUGUAUUGCCUAAUGUUAACAAUGGAACCUUAUUGUAAAGUGUUACCAAUAAUUUUAAUGCACCUCUUAUUAAAGGUAUAGGCCGUGACA